CUUCCAUCAGGCAGUCUCUGGCGUGGUUUUGCAGCGUUUUGCAAAGACGUCAAGACCAAGGGCGAGCAACAGCGUGUUUGGCGUUACAGCAGAUCCACUCUACAAACAGCCACCGUUCUCUUCACUGCUUCUUUUGCUCUGAACGAGAAUCAGAAUUUGGCGCUUAUUUCAGCUCUGUUUCGUUGCUAUCCGGUGCCCUACGGUGGGCUGAUUUUGACUAACCUUUUCAUCGGACCGAUAGCGCCUCUGCCCGAAGAAGUGUAG